UGUUUGCUUUUGUGGUCCUUUCAUUGUCAGAAACCCCCUUUUUACCCGAAUGUGUAUCUUUGCAGGUGUGGUAAGAAAUAUCCGAUCCCUGGACAUGAUCUGCAAGGAGCGUGUGACCCAGAAAGCACUUCGCCUUGCUGUAAUCACGUCACUGGUUACUGUGGCAACAAGACAGAAGACUGCAAUUGUUCCCAAUGCACCGACUUCAGAAAAUAUAAUUCUGCUGAGAUCUCAGAAUGGGUUCCAAGUGACACCUGCUGUAGAGUAAAAAAUUUCACCAAAGAUAUGGCAUGCAGUUUUCUAAACAAGCAUUCCAUCAACAUAGCUUUUAUUGGUGACUCUGUUAUAAGACAGUUAUCAAGAACAAUGUUUCUGCUCUUAAGUGGAAAUCUACAUUCAGGGGCAAUGCCUGGCAAAGCAACGGACGAAGAGCGAGCGUUUUGUUAUGCGGAUCACCAAAUAGCUAUCAAAAAAUGCAACUUGGAAAUCGUAGCACACAAAUUAGAGGAGCUGCCACCAAGGUCCAUUUGCAACGGCAAGGUGAACUUCAAUCUUGAUUUGGUUGAAAAUUACAAGAAAUAUUUACAAGAUAAGGAUAUGGAGCAAAUACGAAAGUAUCUCAAAAGGGAAGACUCGUACGUUGUGCUUGCAGUGGGGCUUCAUUAUCGGCUUGAUCUUAACAAAGUUAUCGAUCUCUACGUAAAGAAAGUUCUGGACGUUAUAGAAACGGAGGGAAAUGGUUGGCCUAAAGUUAUAUGGAUGGGAAUACAUGCUGUUCCAGAUUUCUUGCUGAUGAAUCCUCUCUUUCAUAAUGCUGGUAUAUUAGAAUUCAAUAAUAAAAUACACAACUAUUUAAUGAGAAGAGGUGUUGCAGUCAUAGAUACAUUUAACAUGAGCAAAAGCCUCUUUAGCUAUGACGGGCUCCAUUACGGGAUCGGACUAAACUUUCUCAAAAUACAAAUCUUACUCAAUUACUUAGAAGAGAAGUAUGAAAGAUGUGAUAUCUAUUAAGAUGCAAAUGUAUGACCUCGUUUUUCACGAGAUCGUUAUUUUUUAACCGGUAUAUGGUAUAUGAAAUUGUAGUGCAAAUUUCAAAAUUGAAGACUUACCUAGACUUAAUCAACAAAUUACGCUUUUGAUUUGAAUCAACAGACAAUUAAUCCGAUGUAGCGAUCGGAAAGCGAGGCACUAGCAAAACAGAGGCCCUUAGAAGUAAGUCUUGCCAUAGCAGCA